AUGGCAGCCGGGGCAGGGAACGCAAGUGUUCUGGGCGGCACCUCAAGCGGCGAGUUCAUUUCAGUAGCUGGUCUUCGUGUAGACGGACGUCGUAGUGAAGAAGUUCGUCGUAUCCGUACGCGCUUCGGUCUCUUCUCGCGUGUAGACGGCUCCUCGUACUACGAACAGGGCAAUACAAAGGUCGUCGCAGUGGUCUACGGACCUCGUGAGCUGCGUACGGCAGCUGUGGCAAGCGGUGCAGUAGCUGUAGGGACGGGUUCAGGCAACGCUGCAAGUAACACGCAACCACGUGCUUCUGUGAACUGCGAGUUCACUCAAGCGGCAUUUGCCACGUCGGAACGCAAACCACAACGCAGUGGCGACCGCAAGAAACUCGAGAUGUCUCUGGCUGUAAAGCAGAUCUUUGAAGCUUGUAUCCAGACGCAGCUGUAUCCACGUUCACAGAUUGAUAUCUUUGUACAGGUGUUGCAUGCCGAUGGUGGAGAGCUCCCGGCCAGUAUCAAUGCCAUUACAUUGGCACUCAUUGAUGCAGGCAUCGCACUUAAUGAUUUUGUCGUGGCGUCAUCAGCUGGGUAUUUGCAGCAGACAAUGCUUUGUGAUCUCAACUAUGCAGAGGAGGUGGCAAGAGCGCCGCAGAUGAUCAUUGCUUUGAACCCACGCACACAAAAGCUCAAUCUAUUGCAAAUGGAGUGUAAAUUACCACUGGAACUAUUUGAAAGCCUCAUGGAGGUCGCCACGGAGGGUUGCAACCAGAUUUACGAUUUAUUGCAGAACGCAGUGCGAGAAAAUACGUGGAAGCGUCUACGUCUGCGUGGCUCGGCAGUUGCAUGA